UGCUGUGAACGAGAAAACUGUUAUCUGAGGUAUUGCCCUGGAAACCCGCCUUAAAUCCAAGCCUCUCCAGCCUCUCCCCCAAUCCCACAGGAAAGAUAGCGCAUAUCCCGCAUUGCUACCACGUCACGAUGCCUCAGCCCUACGAGACGCGGGACUCCAUCCAGGACAUUUGGGGCCCUCGCACCCCCUACAAGCACGAAUGGCCGACUCGAUGCGAUGAACAUACUCUUGACACUCCUGAAAAAUGGGUGCAAAGCGCCUGUGUGCUUUGCAGUAACGGCUGCGGGAUGGAUAUUGGCGUCAAGGAUGGCAAGGUAGUCGGGGUGCGCGGUCGCGUCAGUGAUCGCGUCAACAAGGGCAGAUUGGGCCCCAAAGGACUGCACGGGUGGACGGCGAUCUCACAUCCAGACCGACUUCAGUGGCCGCUCAUUCGGCGGAAUGGCCAGCUUGAACGCGCCACCUGGGAUGAGGCGAUGGAUCUCAUUGUCCAACGCACUCAGGCGAUUCGUUCCCGCCUCACUAAUCAUGGCAUUGGGUUCUAUACCUCUGGACAAUUGUUUCUGGAGGAGUACUAUAUACUAGCCAUGGUGGGAAAGGCUGGGUUAAAUACUUUGCAUAUGGACGGAAAUACCAGGCUGUGCACAGCGACAGCGGCAGCCUCGAUGAGAGAAUCCUUCGGAUCCGACGGCCAGCCAGGCUCCUACUCCGAUGUUGACUACACCGACUGUCUCUUCAUGGUCGGUCACAAUGUCUCGGCUACACAGACGGUGCUCUGGUCCCGUAUUCUGGACAGACUCGAUGGUCCAGAUCCACCCAAGCUUAUUGUUGUCGAUCCGAGGAAGUCUGAGACUGCAAAGCGGGCCACCGUCCACCUGGCACCCAAGAAUGGGACAAACCUAGCGCUGCUGAAUGGGAUCCAGAACCGUCUAUUCCAGAACGGAUGGGUUAAUUCUGAAUACACUAACAAAUACGUCAUUGGAGCAGAAGAACUGCGGAGAACGGUAGAAAAAUACACCCCUGAAUAUGUGGAAAGCAUCACCGGCGUCCCCAAGGGCCAGUUGGAGGAGGCAGCUCGUAUCAUUGGCACAACCGAAACACUUCUGUCAACGGCACUGCAGGGUGUCUAUCAGUCAAACCAGGCGACGGCGAGUGCAUGUCAGAUCAAUAACAUUAAUCUCCUCCGAGGACUCAUUGGCAAGCCUGGUUCGGGUAUACUGCAGAUGAACGGGCAGCCCACGGCGCAAAACAACAGGGAAACAGGAUGCGACGGAGAAUUUCCUGGGUUUCGUAAUCACCAGAACAAAGCGCAUAUGCAGGAGAUCGCAGACUACUGGAACAUCGACUACAUUAAGAUGCCCCAUUGGAAUCAGCCCACGCACAUUGAGAAUAUGCUCAAAUACAUCGAUGACGGGAGUAUCGAGAUGCUAUGGGUCUCGGGCACGAACCCGCUGGUCAGCCUGCCGCAUCUCCCCAAGGUGCGUAAGCUCUUGACAAAGCCAGGCUUGUUCUUGGUAUGCCAGGAUAUCUUUCCGACCGAGACGACGGCAGUGGCCGACGUUGUGUUGCCCGCCGCACAGUGGGCUGAGAAGACCGGGUGUUUUACCAACGCCGACCGCACAAUGCAUCUCACCAAGAAAGCUGUGGAGCCCCCUGGGGAGGCCCGGUCUGAUUUAGACAUCUUUCUGGAUUUUGCUUCGAGAAUGGGGUUUAAAGACAAAGAAGGCAACCCACUGUGUCCGUAUAAAGAGCCGGAAGAAGUGUUCGAGGCGUGGAAGCGUAUGUCUUUCAACAGGCCGUGCGACUGCAGUGCCCUCUCUUACGCAAAACUGCAGGGUGGAUCUGGUAUCACCUGGCCGUGUACGGCUAAACACCCCUUAGGUCGAGAGCGCCUUUUCGAUGACGGGAAGUUUUUCACGGAUGAAGAUUAUUGUGAGAGCUAUGGUCAUGAUCUGCAAACAGGGGCACCCCUCACGCAAGCCCAGUACAAGGCAAUGGCACCCGCUGGGAGAGCAAUCCUCAAGUCUGCUCAUUAUCAGCCAUCGCUCGAAGAGCCAGACGAGGACUUCCCGCUGCGAUUGUCAACCGGGCGCAAUGUCUAUCAUUUCCAUACGCGUACUAAAACGGGCCGAAAUCGGCGCCUCCAACAGGCAUACAAGGAGCCAUCGGUGCAGAUCUCCUCAGCUGAUGCACAGGCAUUACAGCUGGUGGAGGGGGAGACGGUGGUGGUGAAGUCUCGGAGGGGCCAAGUUCAACUGCCUGUUUCCAUAGGCGACAUUGAACAUGGCCACGUGUUCAUCACAUUCCAUUUUGGGGAUCUCGAUAGUGACGGACGUGCUCGUGCAGCGAACGAACUUACCAUAGAGCAAUGGGACCCAAUUUCCAAGCAGCCGAUGUUCAAAUCCGGGGCUGUUCGGAUUGAGAAAUGCGUGCAGAAAGAAGGGGAAGACCAAAUCGAAGCCGGAGAAGGACUGUCAGAAGCAAUGGCUGCUGUUGAAGACAAGAAGCCAGAUACCAGCUGCCCAGAGACGGUCAGUGGCGACCGAGGUGAACGAAAGCGCCGGUUGGAGCUGUGGUUGGGCGCGACCGAGGAAGCUGUCAUCAAAUUGGCUGAACUCUAUGACCAUCUCAUUCCGCGGCUUAUCCACGAUCUCGAAGUACAGUCGGGGCUUCGAGUCCUGAACCGGCUGACCAGAGAGAUUCUGGAUCUACUGCAACCGCAGGUAAAGAAGUAUCACGAAGCCCAGCAGUAUGGCAGAGCGGUUACCCAGCGACUCGUGGACGCGCUGAUACCCACGACUGAGGCGAGCGAUCCGUAUGAGGCGCUUGCGGCUCUCCAAUCCCUGAAGCUGUUCUUGACGCAUAUCGAGGACCACAUGAGUGCGCUGCUUCCAGCUAGUCAAGCAUUGUGGGAUACGGAGUUCGUAGCGGCGGUCAACAACAGUUUGGCAAACAUCCUUCGACAAAAGGCGUGGAUAGCGCAGCAGAUCAAGGUUAAGAGCCCACAAACCCUUCUGGUUCCCAUGGCGCUGCCCGAGGAGUUGCGCCGCCCGGAUUCGAGCUUGGCUGGAACCUUGCGCUGCUAAUACGUGUGGUAUAACUCAUUAGGAUGGGCGCUAGUCAAAGUCGUAAAGUCAAUUCAACGGCUGACCUACCCAUAAUGAUGUCAGAAUUCAUGACGUCAAUGAUAUUAUUGAACUCGAUUUAUUAUCUCCAAGAAAUCCGUGUAAUAAUCAUCAGAAC